GGGGCGCACCCUCCCGCCGCGCUCAGCCGCGCCCAGCGUCAGCAAGCGCUCUGAGCGGCCACUCCCGGGCCGCGCCGCCCUCGCGCCUCAGUGCCAGCCCGCAGCCCCAGCCCGCCGCUCUCCCACGGGCGCAGCCCCUCUGCCCGCGUCCCUCAUGGCCAAGCCUCUGCUGCUGGUCGUCUGCGGCGCUCUGGUUGUGGCCGGGGUCCAGUGGGGGCCCAGCGUGCCCCCCGCCGGGACGAGCGAGCCCCCGGACGCGCCGACGGUGGCGCCCACGGAGGACGAGACGCUGCAGAACGAGGCGGACAACCAGGAGAACGUGCUGUCGCAGUUGCUGGGAGACUAUGACAAGGUCAAGGCUGUGUCUGAGGGCUCGGACUGUCAGUGCAAGUGUGUGGUGAGACCCCUGGGCCGAGAUGCCUGCCAGAGGGUCAAUGAGGGGACCUCCAGGAAGGAGGAUUUCUACACCGUGGAAACCAUCACCUCAGGCUCGUCCUGCAAGUGUGCGUGUGUGGCGCCCCCGUCAGCCCUCAAUCCUUGUGAGGGAGACUUCAGGCUCCAGAAGCUGCGGGCGGCGGACAGCCGGGACUUGAAGCUUUCCACCAUCAUAGACAUGCUGGAAGGAGCUUUCUAUGGCCUGGAUCUCCUGAAGCUGCAUUCCGUCACUACCAAACUGGUGGGGCGGAUGGAUAAACUGGAGGAGGAAGUUUCUAAAAACCUCACCAAGGAAAAUGAGCAACUCAAAGAAGACGUGGAAGAAAUCCGAACGGAGAUGAACAAGCAAGGGAAAGAGAACUGCUCAGGCAGCAUCCUAGACGGCAUGCCCGACGUGCGCUCAGCUCUGCAGAGGGACGCGGCCGCAGCCUACACCCGCCCAGAGGAGCAGUAUGAGGAGCGGUUUCUGCAGGAAGAAACCGUGUCCCAGCAGAUCAACUCCAUCGAGCUCCUGCACACGCGGCCCCUGGCUCCACCCGAGGUGGUGAGGCCCCAGCGGCCCCUGCAGAGGCAGGUCCACCUGCGGGGCCGGCCGGCCUCCAAGCCCACCGUCAUCCGGGGCAUCACCUACUACAAGUCCAAGGACCCCGAGGAGGAGAAUGACAUCGAAGAGCAGCAAGACGAGUUUUUCAGUGGGGAAAAUGGAGUGGAUUUGCUGAUUGAAGAUCAGCUUCUGAGACACAACGACCUGCUGACCAGUGCCACUCUGAGGCCAGUGGUCACCCGUCAGGGCACCACCAGGAUGAGUGACACACAGACCUCAGCCCUGGCCGCGCCCUCCGAUCCCAGCACCCCAGACCCCACCCUGUCUGCCUCAGUGGAGAAGUUCUCAGCACCACUCCAGACCUCCUCAGUGUUUCCAGGUCCCACGGUGGAGGCAAGCCUGGAACCUUCCACUCAGGUACCAGCCACCACCGUGGCCCACACAGCCACCCAGCAGCCUCCGACCUUGGCUUCCCUCCCAGGGGCCUCUGGGGACGCGUUUACUGAGGCUCCACCCACAGCCCUGGUGCCUCCCACCACAGUCCGGACAGACUCACUGGGGAGAGAUGCUACCACGGGGCAGGGCACAGCCCCUGCCAGCCCCACCCUGAGCCCAGAAGAGGAGGAUGACAUCCGGAAUGUCAUAGGAAGAUGCAAAGACACCCUGUCCACGAUCACGGGUCCCACCACCCAGAACACGUACGGGCGGAACGAGGGGGCCUGGAUGAAGGACCCCCUGGCCAAGGAUGAGCGGAUUUACGUCACCAACUAUUACUACGGCAACACCCUGGUAGAGUUCCGAAACCUGGAGAACUUCAAACAAGGUCGCUGGAGCAACUCCUACAAGCUCCCGUACAGCUGGAUCGGCACGGGCCACGUGGUGUACAACGGCGCCUUCUACUACAACCGCGCCUUCACCCGCAACAUCAUCAAGUAUGACCUGAAGCAGCGCUUCGUGGCCGCCUGGGCCAUGCUCCACGACGUGGCCUACGAGGAGGCCACCCCCUGGCGGUGGCAGGGCCACUCGGACGUGGACUUCGCCGUGGAUGAGAACGGCCUGUGGCUCAUCUAUCCGGCCCUGGAUGAUGAGGGCUUCAGCCAGGAGGUGAUCGUGCUGAGCAAGCUCAACGCCGUGGACCUGAGCACGCAGAAGGAGACCACGUGGCGCACGGGGCUGCGGCGCAACUUCUACGGCAACUGCUUCGUCAUCUGCGGGGUGCUGUAUGCCGUGGACAGCCACAACCAGCGCAACGCCAACAUCUCCUACGCCUUCGACACCCACACCAAUACGCAGAUCGUGCCCCGGCUGCUGUUCGAGAACGAGUACUCCUACACCACCCAGAUAGACUACAACCCCAAGGACCGCCUGCUCUACGCCUGGGACAAUGGCCACCAGGUCACCUACCAUGUCAUCUUCGCCUACUGACACCUGGCCCCACAUGCAGAGGGGCUCCCAGCACCUUGCGUGCGUGCGUGUGUGUGUGGAUGCGUAUGUGUCGUUUAAAAAAUAUAUAUUAUUUUGUAUAAUAUUGCAACUGUAAAAUGACAGUUUGGGUCUAUUUUUUUUAAGUGGAUUGUAGAUCAAUCCAUACACAUAUGUGCUGGUCUCAUCUUCCACGGUUUAUAUUUUUGUGCAAAGACUUCUCCUUUUGACCAGGAACCACCUUCCUUCAAACCCUCAACCCCUCCAGCUCCCAGACCUUAGCCGUCGAAAAGGGUUCUCCAUCCGUGUCCUGCAGGCACCAGGAGCAGGAGUGAAGGAGGCAAGAAAGAAGUGUUAAGGGGCGGGAAAAUUUUUAUGUAUUGGAGAAGUUUUAAAAACCCAGAAAAAUGCUUUUUUUUUUUUUUAAAUAAAGAAAAAAUGUA